UUUGGCUGGUGUGUACAGCUGCUGUAAAUCGGGCGUGAGGGAGCAGACGUGAGGCAAGGAAGUGUGGAACCUGCAGCUGACCGGAGCGCAGGAGAAAACAUGGAGAAACCCGAAAACCCUCCACUUUAGGGAUUACCCAACCGCUUCGGAACUGGAGGACGAGCGGGGAAAACUUUCUACACCGCCGCUACAAGGACCGAGACGGCGGAGGGUUUCCCCCGGUCCCUCCCUGCUCCCUACAAUAUGUGGCUGAACCCGGAGGAAGUUCUGCUGAAAAACGCUCUGAAGCUGUGGGUGACCGAGAGGAGCAACGACUUCUUCCUCCUGCAGAGGAGGAGAGGCCAUGGGGAGCCGACAGGCAGGUUCACAGGUAAGAAAAACGGACAUUAUCGAGUAAAAAAGAGAAGUUAAGGGAAGGCCAGGGGGUCAGUCCAGGCUGGACUACAGGUAAACAAUAAAAAUACAGGAUAAACGAAGAGACAGUAGCUGUCAGAAUGAAAAGAGAACAACAAAAUAUCAAAAACAAGAACAAGAAAGACCACAAAGAGCCCGCACAUAUGUACACAGGUAAACACGGGGGUGUGUCCAAGGGAGUUUCCCAGAAAAGAAAGAGUUAACUGCAGAUUUUCUCAAACUAAUCUGGGAUUUUACUAUCAUGGGGUUGACGGGAACCCCCUACAAUCUUUGUGUUACCAUGACAACUGAAAUGACUCUCAUAUCCUUAAAGUGGGCCGAAACUCUAAAGUGAACUAUCUUCAACGUGGAAAAACUUUCUUACCAGAACAGAAAUGACUGAAAAUAUCGAAAAAAUCUGAAAAAAUACUCAAUGCAACCGCAAAAAUGUCACCUUUCAUGGAGGAGAAUGUUUUACAUAGGGGUCUCAUUGUGAACAAGUAUGAGAAUAAAUGAUAUGAUGAAAAAAAGUUUACAUACGUGAUUUAUAAAUUACAUCAAUUUGAAUCCAGAUCAUGCAAAAGUAAUGUGAUGCUUUGUUUAAUAUUUAAUUUCAGCAUCUUCGAUGUAAGAAUUUUCCACCAUUUCAAUCUUUAUUUUGCAUUAUGGAGGUAAACUACAUUAUGACAUCUUUUGUGGGACCUCCUUUUGUUAGAAAGAUGUGCUGUGAAAUGGGUCUGAGUCUUUUUUUGUAUUCUUGUUUAUAUAUCAAAUUAGUUUUUGUAAUUUCCAUCCAAGAAAAACUCACAUCUAUGCUUUUUUUAAAAUGAAAAUACGACUCUGUUCUCUCCCUCAAACUCACACUUAGACUUUACCGAGCAUAAAAUAAGCAUAAAACUAUGCCUGCAAGUAAUGCCUUGUUUGCAUCGUCAUUACUUUUUUAUUGUUUUUGGUUUUCUUUUUAUGGUUUCAGGCGGUUGUCCUCAAAGCCAAGGACGGUCUCCUCGAGUGUCUUAAAAUAUUCAGAUAACUGCCCUGGAGCUGUAACAAAAACAAGAGAAAAACUCCCAUUCAAGAAGCUGAAUUCUGACAUUUUUAUUCAUAGAAAAGUUUCUUAGUAGUCAAAAUAAUACAAAAAUAGUUGGUUGUUUUAUAAACAGUUGAAAGCACAUGGAUUUAUUGAUACAUCUUUGCAGAAAAACUUUGCAAUAUUUUCUUGGUUGAAACCGUUCCAGUGGUAUUGUCAUGUCUCUACAGGACACAACUGUGCCAUAAAUAUCAUCAGGCCAUUGUUUAGAAAGUGGACACACUGAGUCCUCUCUCUUUUUUUGGACUUUUGCCUCACGAAUCCUCAAAACAAUCGCAGUUUAUGCUUUGCCCAAAUCUGGAAAACUGUUAUUUCUUGUCAAAGGAUCACAGCUUUUGUCAGUAAAAAUUCUGCUGUUUUUUCCCUAUCUAUGAAGUAAAUGUUGGACCUUGCAGGACUUGCUUUCUGUGCAUUCAGUGAGUAUUAUGGAAAUCAUUGACCCUGUGUUUGUAGCAGCUGUAGGUUGUCUGACUCUUCCCACCGCUCUGAGCUCCAGCUGUCUUCUGACGGUGUUGCUGUUUCCUUUGUCUCUUCCUCCCUGUGUUUUGUAUCCGAACAAUCUGACAGUGAUCUGCACACUUAGUGAUGAGUGAUGUCUCUUAUUAUUAAAGCAGACACACACAGCUCAUAAAGUGUCUUCUUUAUGUUUUCUGGAGAAACUCUGCUGUAUCUCCUCUCAUAAAACUGAAUAGUAGGAACUUCCUGACCGGGGUUUGCUUUGUGUUUGUGUUUGCUCCCUCUGUUCCCAUGACGAGAGGGGUGAAAGGUCAAGUCCUGUUGUCAGAUCGUUCAACAUUAACUGAGUCCUUUACUUUGCAUUCCUUCCACACAAGCAAUGGAAACAACAAAGAGAAGUUUUCUUUUAUUUAUGUAUUUUUUGCCUUUAGUUACACUACAACAGAAGUUUACAUGGUCAUCAGUGGUCAGUUAUUUCACCAGUUUUGAUGAUAAGUAUACAACCUUGAACUGGAACAUGUAAUACUUUCAUUUUAGAAAAAGAAAAUGCUUGUAGAUACAUUACAUGAGUGUAUGUUUGAAGGAAAUAUUUGAAUGAAAGUUGACCAUUACGGUGGAAUUGACCUUUCACCCUCUGAGAUUUAAUCAAAUUCAGUUUUAUGAAGAAAGUAAUCUAUUCGGUUACAAAUAUUUAAUGUUUCAUUGCACCAAAGUAGCGUUUUGUGCAAUAUUCUUGUAAUUAUUUGCAGAUGAUAAAUGAUGUGACACAGAAAUAUACAAUAGGGUUUGAUAGGAUUCAGAGCCGGUCCAAGCCUCAAUGGGGCCCUAAGCAAAAUUUGAUUUUGGGGCCCUCUAUUUCUGCCAAUAAUAUUGAUUGUUGAUCAUUCACACACCUUCACAAAUCUCUUUGAUUAACAUUCCAUGACAUGCAAACAUACCUUUAUCUUGGCGUUUUUUUUUUCUUCUUCCUCUUUCUCUUCUCUGCUCCUGAAGGAUAUGUCCUUUUUUGCGACAUUGUUUUGCCCCAAAACUACCUACGGUUUGGAUGCUCAGUGCACAUUGCACAGCAGGAGGGACAUUUGUGUUUUUAAUUUAUUUUAUUUUUAUACUAAUAUAUAUUUGAUUAUACAGAAAGCAUCACUCAGACAUGCAAAAAUAAAAAAUAUUUCAAAAAAAAAUUUUUUUGAUUGCUCUUGGGGGCCCCCUAUUGGCCGCGGGGCCCUAAGCAGGCGCUUAAUUCGCUUAUCCCUUGGGCCGUCUCUGAUACGAUGCAAUAUAUAAUUGAUAUGAUAUGUUACAGUGGUAUAUUACAUAUGAUAUACUUAUAAUAUGUAACAUACAUACACUACUUAAAGUUACAUAUACUAUAUGAGAUGGCAUCAUACUAUGAGAAGAUUUAAUAGAGUACAAUUCAAAAUACCUUAUGAUAUGAUAUGGAGCGUUUUUAUACAAUAAGGCUUGAAAUGAUACAGUAACAAAACAACUACAAUUCAAUAUGAUUUGAUGGUAUAAUCAUUAUGGUAUGAUAUGAUACACUACCAUAUGGUUUUAAAUGAUUUUUGACCAUUUUCUCAUAAGACAUGACAUAAAUUAGAAGUUCAGUUUUUUUUCCUGGGUCAGACUCCUUGUGUUUGCUUGAGAAAAAACUGCAUUUUAAGAAGUUUGUUUCCAAUUGUGUGGGAAAAAACAUUAGUGUUUAAGAGUAAUCAUAAGAUCUGCACCCAAAAUUUCAGGUAUCAAUAUUAGGUAUAUUUCUAUAAAAAGUAAUAGAAGUAGAGACUGGUGUUUAAUAUUCUGUCAAAGCUGUGAAAAUAAACUUUCAGCAGCUCUUUCACUCGGUGAUGACAUAGUUUCAGCAGAUUUCUGAGAAGGGCUGGGCAACUUAACAUCUGCAGCCCAUCAGCUCCUUCAUACCACUACCUUUGUUUUUACUACUUACAAAAUCAUUUGAAUGGGAGCCCUGCUGUCUGUAUUAGCCAGCUUGAAUUUAAUGCACUCUCAGAAAUCUGUUCAGCUUCACUUUAUUUAUGAGGCAACUUUUACACAAACAAGCAGCCUGGAGUUCCUCGAGCAGCUAUGGUUACAGACUGAAACACAGAAAAUGGACCCAAAUGGAUGAAAAAGACACAAUUUAGCAUAGAUAAAAAGAUAUCAGAGUAAAAUGAAAGAAAUUAUAGUAAAGAAACGAGCAGGCAUGUGCAGAAACAUCAUGAUUAGUGAUGAAAAUUAAAAAAGAUAACACUCAGAUUAGUAAGCAAGUAUGUGGAAAAAUGAGGAAAAGUCAGGUUCAGGUUUUAAAAAUGCUCAAAACCUUCAACUAAAGUAAAGCAUAACCGAAAACAGACAUACAGCUAUUAAGUUCUGAUGUAAAAAGACAUUAUAGUCCCUCAGAAACCUUUAUACUCAAGACCUUUAGAAAGGUUGACAUGAGCCGUUAUGUCUCCACAGAAAUAUCACCCUAACAAUGUGACCAUGAACAAAGAAAGAUGUUUAUUCAUAUUGAGUCUCUCUUUUUUGGAAGCCUCACAGUGUAAACCCCUUUAGGGCUUUGUGGUGACAGAUGGAUGGCUUUGUGUUGCCUGGCUGCCGGGUUCACAGCUCCAGGCAGGUCGACUCUGACUGUAAGAUGUGGUUUACACUUGGCUAAGAGCCAGAAGCUGUCUGCUGCAGGAGACUUUAUCUUCUCAUUUCAACGUCAUGUGCUCUCUGUGGGCUAUAGUGCUCCUGGAAUGAGGCUCACAACAGAUACAAAAGAUUAUAAAACUCAUAAGAAUACUCUUAAAUAUGCAGGAAAGCCUCUUAAAAGUCUUUUUACUCUCACUGGGCUGUAAAAGCCUCCAAAGACUGCCUCUCAGAUGACAUACUUUCAGGGUUGGUUGAGCAGUUUCACUGUUUGUUUUACAAGCUCUCAGUCCUGAAGCUGUUGAGUGAAAUCAUGAAAUUGUAGUCCUGUUUGUAGGAGAACCGAGAGUCACUCCUCUUCCUCUUCUCUCCUUGUGUUAGUUGUUGAAGUUGGAUGUACAUUUUGUCCUUCCUUGUGCAGCAGACCAGGCAAGUUAACCACAGAGAUAGAAAUCUGGCGGUCCUCUUUGACGUACAGGUUGUACUUUGCUGUUGUCGUGUGGCUUUGGCUGAUAAUUCCGCCUCAAAAGACCACAAAUUUAAAAGUACAGCUAUGUGAAAAAUAUUUAUGACAAAGCGCGAAAACUUUCUAGAGGAAAGUUUGACAUGGGAAUGUAACUUUAGUAGAGGUCUGACUUUAGUCCUGAAGUGCUGACUAAAAACGAUAAUUAUCCGACCCACAUUCCCGUCAUAAAGCUCUGAACCAGCCAAUAACAGACCUCUACAGCAGAGGUAUCAUGAUGCAUCAGCUCCAUACACAUUUAUGUACCAAAGUUUGGAUGACACAACAGCCCAUCUGAAGUAAAGUAAAAACUUUUUGGGCUCAUCUGACUGAUGCAUCGCAGUAUAAAGCCUGCCUCCUCCAUGUUAUCAGAUGGGACAUGGCUAAGACUUGAAAAUUAAAAUACGCCAUAAAUGUGAUUUUCUUCUGUUGUAUCAUUUACUUCUUCUUGCCAUGCUGAUUUAUGUGCAAGUAUUUUUCUUCAGCUCAGUUUAAUCUUAGUUGUAAUGCUAAAAGGAGAGGAUGUGAUGUCAUGAUUGACAGCUAUGUUGACAAAUGCAAGUGCAUGCAGUUUUCUUUACUGAAUUAGCAGUAUAGAAAAAACACAGUGAAAGAAAACCUAAAGAACCUUCCAUAACUGUGGGUGUUUGCUUUAGACUGAUGUAAGAAUCUCUUCUUCUGUGGACUGUACCCACCUGAUGGUUUUGGCAUGAGUCAAUAUAAUCAAAUACAGCUCCUACAGCAUUUUAUCCUUGGAUGUAAUAUAUAGGAUGCAAAUCUUAAAAAGGCAGUUACUUACCAACUGGAGUGUGAAGGUCCUUUGAAUUUUUAAUGGUUUGAAUCCACAUUUAAAAGUAUUUUAUGCAUUUUGUAGAAACAUGUUAUAAAUUAUUUACUGUUCUAAACUCACCAAAUAUAUCAUAUUUUAAAGAAGGUAAUAUACUGCACUGAAGUUUUGAUAGGUAACCAAAAACCAAGACACUUAUAUGUAUAAAAGCUUUAAACUUAUGAGUGGAAAAUGAUUUCUUUUCAUGGGUGACUCCAAUCCUAACUGAAUCCCUUCAUGAUGAAAUUUGGACAUCGAUGCUUGUUUUUUUGUUUGUUUUUUAUUUAAGCUGUCUCCAUACUCCAGGGCAGGAUAUUUUUUGCCCUGACACACAGGAAGUGUAGAAUUAAAGCAUUCCCAUGAGUGCUGUUAUUGGAAGAGCAUGACGCAGGUUAACCUUAGUUUGGACAGAUAAGGAAAUGAUGACAUGAGCUUCUCUCGACUCAAACUCUUUUUAGACGGAUGAAAAUGUAGAUCUGUGUGCUUCCCAUGUGUUAGCUUUACCCCGUUUAACAUGUCAGAUUUCUCUCCUGAUCUUAAGCACAAAAUCUGUUUGAAUCUAGUGGUUCAUUAAGACAAGUAAACACUUUUCUACCUGUGCGAGGUCACAUACUGAAGUUUUAUUUGUUUAGAGUCUCAUCUGGAGUGGGAUCUUGAUAUCCUCUUUUGCUUUCUGUGUGUUUUAAGAACCUGUUUUUGGAGCUCUCUGUGGCUCUUCUCUGUCCUCAUACUAUAAGGUCAAGUAAAUAUGCGUUUAGAUAAAACAGUUCUGAUUUCAGAGAAGGUUUCAGUUAUGCUUCGUCAGUUUUCAUAUAUUUUAUUAUGUAGUAGAUUACAGCGCUGUUACUGAAUGAACUAUGGUCUAAAAACUAACUUGGUAAUGAAGAACUGGUGUCUGUAUAUGCACUGAUAAUAACUUUGAUGACUGUAAUACAUGAGAAAAUGUUUAAACCGGCAGCUGAGUAUAAAGGAACAGAAACUUUCAGUCUCUUCAUAUAUUUGAAUCUUCUCUGGUUCUUGCAGAGCAGCUCUCUCAGCGAGUCUGCCUGUUGAUGCACGCUGGUGUCGUGUAGCUGUGAAAUAUAACUGUCAUUGUUUGAACUCUUCACCUCUUUGUGAAGCUACAAAAUGAAACUGAAAUAUGACAUGACUCACAUGACUUAGUGAGAGAAUCAUUCACUGAACACCUCGUUCAUGUGACAUGGUUGUUGUUCUUAUUUAGGUGGUUUUUUUUUUUUAACAUUCCUUAUUAUUCUUCUUGGCUAACCUGUGACCAAGAUUCGUGUGUUUUUCUCAGAGAGUGUAAGAACUUGUUUUGAUUUUCAGAUUACAGGUUUUGGUUAUGUCUGGAGUGGCUUUUGAUAUAAAGAAGUUAGACAAUAAAAUUUCAUCGACAGUCAAUCAGUUUUUAUUCGAAAGGGGGAAAAUUCCAAACAAAAGUUGUAUCACGUCACUUCAGGUCUAGAUUAUGAUACUGGAAAAUGCCAGCUAACAAAAAGUUACCUGUUUUUUUUCUCUAAUAUAUGGUUUUAUUAUUAAUUUAUCCCCAGUUACAUUCUCUGUGUUAUCUCUUAAGGUCUCCUGGUGGGGGCGCUGGAUACAGUGCUGGACUCCAAUGCCAGGGUCACACCCUUCCGCAUCCUCCUCCAGGUCCCUGGCUCCCAAAUCAGCUGGGUGAUUGCCAGCGGUGAGCUCAACUAUCCUCCUAUCUGUCUUUACUUUCGACUCCUCAGCUGUCUUCUUUUAUCAGGACGCAGCAGAGACUCAAGUGUUUUUUUCUGCCCAGAAGAGUCUUGUUUUUCUCUCUUAAAGAUUUCUGUAUUUUCCUGUAUCUUUGAUCAGUACAUUUCACCCUCAGAUAUUAAUUUUUAUUGUUUUUGUCUUUCAGGUGCUGCCAUAGAGGAGGUGACCAAGCACUGGGACUGGCUGGUCCACAACCUGCUUCACUCUCUGUCCGUGUUUGAGAACAAGGAGGAUGUGGCCAGCUUUGUCCGGGGAAAAGUCAGGGUAUGAGAGCUGCUCUUCCUGUUUAAAAAAGGCUGAAUACAUUUGUUUAAUGAAAGUGACUGAUUCAACCUAGACUCUUAGAGCAGAGAUGAAGCGCUCUCCUUUCUGUAGGGUCUUAUCGCAGAGGAGGUUCGAGGUCGCCAGGCAGCCCAGGAGGAGGACCCGCAGAAGUUCAGGGAGGCUCUGAUGAAGUUUGAGCUGCACUUCGGCCUCCCCUCCUCGGAGAAACUGGUGACGUACUACUCCUGCUGCUGCUGGAAGGGCCGGGUGCCUCGGCAGGGCUUCCUCUACCUCAGCAUCAACCACAUGGCCUUCUACUCCUUCCUGCUGGGGAAGGAAGGUCUGUACACAGAAGUGAGAGCUCUGAUUCUUAAACCGAGGGAAUACAAUCAUUUAGAAAUAAAUUCCCGUUAAAGAAUUAACAAUUAUGAUACCAUGGCCACAAAAGAGGACACACAGCAGGCCUACAGGGGCGUGACUUCAGCUGAAUCAAACCAAUCCAGCACCUUCCUGCAUGUUUGUUCGGAGAUGUAGAUGCUUUUAGAAGUUCUGAAGAGCUUCACUGAUGUCAAACAGUCUGAAAAUAACUUUUCAUUUUUCAGUUUUACCACUUUCUAUCGGUACUCUUGCUCUUAAUAUUAUCUUUAUUGAUUAACCACCACAGCUCUCUUACUUUUAUCACUCACAGCAGCUUUUGGUUGAAAAUCUCAGUGUGGAUCUUUUUGUAAAAGGCUUUGUUGUUUUUUGAUACCAUCAAAUGUGAAAAAUAAUGGAUAUUCAAUCAAUUUCAAGUAUCAUAAUUUUAGACAACCGUAUUUCCAAGUCAUUCAAACAGUUUAAUUUUAUAUACCGUCAUUGUUAGCAACCUUAUGCUUAUGUUUGCAUGCUCUGUACAUUUCCUUUAGGUCAGAACAGAUGGGGAACUACUUUUGAUGAAUAAUAGUCAUGUACUUGCUUCGAAAUUUGCAAAGCAAGUUGAGAUAGAAAUAGGAGACUGUUGCAGUUUUUACAAGUGUUUCCAUAGGUUUGAAUAGGAAUCUUGAAAAAUACGCUUUACACACCUUUUCUUUGACUUUUAAGGAAAAUGGACAAGUGGUUGUUGUGAAAUCUUGUGGACAAACAGUAAAGAGCGUGAGCUUCAUGGUCUUGAUAUGAAUGAGCAGAUAUUCGUAGAUGUUUCCAAAACAUUUCUGCAUAAUUUUCUGAGGUCUUUUGGUUGCUGUAAUAUGCCGUCAGUCUAAAGAUAUACUUCAUCUUUUCCCUCUCUUUAUUCUCCAGUCAAGUUUGUGAUUCCCUGGGCGGAGGUCACACGGUUGGAGCGGGUCUCCACCGGUCUGAUGACUGAUGCGAUCCGAGUCAACACUCGGCAGCGACAGAGGGAGUUCUCCAUGUUCCUGAACCUGGAGGAGACAUUCGGGGUCAUAGGUCAGCUGGCUGACAUCGCUCUGAGGCGGCUGCUGGACAGCGAAGGCCUGGAGCUGGACCGAGUCCUGCAGCAACCUGCACGCAUCACAAAGAGGUCAGUGCUGAUCCUGGUACUGGUACCAUUAUGAAGACAGCUUAUUUGAACUUUUAAAUUUGUUUUGGACACCUGUAGAGGGACUUGGGAGGGCAAUGUUUACAGCAUCCAAAAACCAAAGACUGAAAAUAAUUAACAGAAAGGAUUUAUAACAAAAAACAAAAUGCAACAACUGGAACUAAAACAAAUAUAACUCAGGGUGAACAAAAGCCAUCAGAAUAAAAAAGAAGCAGUCUUUUGUUCUAUAACUUGCCUUAAAUAUCGACUGAGAUCGACUUGAAGGGGCUUUAAGCUGCCGAUGACAGAAAGACAAAACAGGAAAAGGAGAGCGAGAGAGGAGCUCUUUUCUCACCUCUGCACAGCUGCACAAUCACAGCUUGAAGAGGGUGUGAAUGUUGAGUUAUUUUUACAAAGAAGUUCCCCCGAAUCUGUUGAUGGUAAAAAGUGGGUGGACAGAGUUCCUAAUGUUAUCCAACCAUCUGGAAAGUAGUUCAGAAGAGAUACACAGGCAGAUCAAGAAUAGCCCAUCCUAUUAGUUUGAACUGAUGUUGAUAUCUCAGACUACUCAGACAAUUUUAGUGUAGUUCGAAUAUGCUCAAUCUGGUUCCAUUUUUCUUCAGUUUUAUGCACACAUUUUCAUUUUGCAGUGGAAGACAUUACUCUUUUCUUGCUUCUGCACCACUUGUAGCAUGUUUUGAACAUUUUCCAUGCACUAAAGUAUGUUUGCUUUCUCUAUCCAAGAACAAAUCAGUCAAAAUUACUCUUUAAUCUUGAUUUUGUUAUUUUGUUCUAUGGUCAAAAGUGACACACUCACAGUCACACCUUUGUUGUUCUGCUGUUGACUCAUUUUAUCAAUGUUUCUGUCAUCAGAUGUUACUACAUGUGCCAUAAGAACCACAUUUCAGUAAGAGACACACUUGAUCUUUGUCGCUCUUUUACUAAGAGUGUUUCACCUAAAAUACCCCGGUGAUACUCAGGUCAUCUUAUUUCUGUCUGUGUGAGAACCUUAAAACCAAAACAAGAAGCUGUGUGAAAAGUGAACCGAGCUGAAGGACAGAUGUGCGAGUGGGUGACUAACCACAUAUGUAAAUGUGUGUGUAGAAGUCAAAGUAAAUCUAUUUUUGCGUUUUCAGUUGAUAGGGCUGAAAAGUCGAGGUAUGCAAAGUUAAAAGGGGAAGAUGAGAAUGAAAUCCAGCCAACAUACGGUACUAACCACAGAGAGUUCAGAGUAAAACUGUGCAGAGUAGGAAGUCAAACGGGUUUCUGAAUGAGAAAGUUAUAAACAAAGAGAAGAGAAUGUUGUUUUCUGUUUUAGAUUUAGUCGUUCUGUAGUGAGCUCCUCUCUUUAUCCUCCUAACUACCAACUUGGCCCUGAUAACAGACAUUAUUGGCAUUGUAAAAAUGUCAUAACACAAGUCUACUCCCUUAUGUAAAGGAGUUAUGUUGAUUGAACUAAUACACACAUUAAAAAGAGAUCAGGUUUAGCAUCCACCAGGAAAUCAGAAUCCAUUUUACUAAUUAGAAAAAGGCCCAUGGACGAUCUGGACUAUCCCGAUCGUUGCACAUUUUUCUCUUUCUGCAGAUUUACCGUUUCUUUCAGAAAGUGUGCGCACACAUUUGUUGAACACAGUGUCUUAUUUGUGCUGGGCGAUGAAGCAAAAUAAGCUCAUUUGUGUCUCAGUGAACAAAAGGACAAAAUUAAAAAAUCAACUCCCCGGGGUCCAAACAAACUUUGGCUGUUUGUCAAGUAGAACAGUACACUUCCUCUCUCAUGAUCGCCUGAGGAGCAGCCUCCAGUCCAUACCUGACCCAUAUCUGUACAUAACAUGUGUGUGUUCUGCAUUUUGGUCUCACAGAAGUGACAAAUUUUACGAGGACUUACAGUCGUCCUUUGUUUUGCUAGACUCUGUCUCAGAUGGAGACAUUAAGUAAACCCCUCAACCAGAGAUGGUUGUUUCGUAGACUAGUGCUGCAUCACAUGCAGAUUUUUUUAAGGUCACAAGUCUGCCGAAUUGCACCACAGUACAAAAUGCCAUCUGUCACCUGUGUGUUUACAUCCAGGUAGUAGAGCAUUGGCUAUGCUACCAGGAUCAGGCCUGCAGUGACAAAAACAAAGAUUAAUAAUUUGCUGAAGUGAUUAUGGUGCAGUUUAGUGAAGGUGAAAAAAUGGAAUAGUAAAGCCUGUUAAGUCUGUCCUCAUGUUGCCAUGGUCACAGGAUUUCAACCAGUGAUCAUGAGUUUUUCUUUUUCUCAUUUGAGAUGAAAAUUACGGAGGGAAAUGCCAAACUGGGCUCUUCAAUUCUUCUCUGUUUUCUUUCUCAUGAUAUUACAGCAGCCUGUCAUACUAAAUUCUGUGUCAAAUAAAAAAAUGUUCCUUCCUCAUUCAUAAUUCUCCAGCAGCGGCCUGUUCAUACCCACAGAAUAAGUCACGCCAAAUGAAAAUAAAAGUUAUUUUUGAUCAUGACCAACCAGCUGAUUCACAGCCCUCUGCACCGUCAUCGUUUUUUUCCUUUGCCCAAGAUUUACUCAUUAUCUGUCUGGCAGUAAAGAACCAAAAACAAGCAUUAAAAUAGUAUUUUAUUUUUAUCUCUGGUUGGAUUGUGCUAUAAACAAAAUUUACAAAAGUGAAAAGACUCCACAAAAUGAGAUUAAUUCUUCCAGAAGAAUCCUUGUCGGAGUUCAAAAUGUAUGAAAGCUUCAUCAAAUUUCUGCCUGACAUAAGAAGCCUCAGACUUAAGUUGUUUUGGUGGCCAUCCCUGUGAUUUAAAGCUAAGGAUAUUCUUUCAAGCAUUUUCUUUGAUCUGUUAUCCUCCCAUGCUUCACCUCUUUAACUCCCCGAUCAUCUCCUUCCCAGAAUCCUAGAGGAACAGGCUCUGAGGGAGUAUGUCCUGGCUCUGUUUCGGCUCCCUCGUAGUGAAAGACUCCAUGAAGUGGCCUCCUGUUCGGUUUGGACUCCCCACGCACGCUGCCACACAACCGGGACGCUCUACACCACGGACAGCUACCUGUGUUUCUCCAGCCGAGAGGAGGGCAACUGCAUCUUGCUAAUACCACUCUCAGAGGUGAAACACCGACAGCAGAGCUUCACUGAAUGUAACACAGUUUUUAAACAAAAUUUCAACCUUUUCAGCCUGUUGACACUGAAAAAAAACUAAAUUUUAAGUCACACAUGAAUGCUACAUACUAAAGGCUGGUGAAAAACUGGUGAUAAUUUUUCCAGUUUUGUCAAGUGAAAACAUCUGAGAUAACCCUCAGGGUGAUUCCUCCCAACAGCUCACAGGAUAGUUAAGACUGAACUAGGACAGGUUCUAUGAGUUAUGAGAUUUCACAUGCUGCACUCUGAAACACGUAACUGUCUGAACAGCCAUAUAAUUGAUUUUUCAGGUCGUAAGUCAUCAACGGCUUACUGUUAAGAGUCUAACGAGGAAGUGGGUAAAAGAUUCAAAGCUCGCAGGUUCAUUCUGCUCUAGUUAAUGUGAAGGAAGAGACGAUUACCAACAUGAAAACCUGGUAGAGGUGUAGGCAUGUUUUCCUGUCAUUCAAGAUAGUAACAAACGCCAUUAAAUAAGAGUGAAAUACUCUAAUUUAAAUGCCCCAAAAUCAGAAUCUAGACAAGAGAAACUUUCCAGUCUUGCCUAUUUUCCAGCAUCUGUAAAAAUGAAACCAGAGAUUUUACAGUUUCACACACCUGCUGUUCGCCCACAGAUACCUGAUUUAAAACUCUUUAUCUCUGAGUUCUUGAAGGAUCAGUCGGUUUCCUGUAACUUUCAUGUAUGACAGCUGCUGGUAAAAGAGUAACUCAUAAACAGGUUUAAUGUGGGUCUGAUGAUCUUCACUCACUGAUUCCUGGUUUUAAUGGUGUUUAUUUCCAGUAAGCCUUUACUUUGGAUCAUCACAACUUGGUUACAAGUUAUCCCGAAACUUUUCAGCCUGCCAUCCCCAGAAUAACAGGACCAGAAGACGUGUACCCCCCGACUGUCCCUUUAGGUGGUCAAAUUGUUGCUCACAGUAGUAAUAGGCAGAUCAAAUAAUGAACAUAAGGACAACAAUAUUAAUAUACAAGGAUAAUUUGAAAGAAUACUAGAAGAAAAAUACAAGAAAUCUUCAUGUACAGACUGUAGUAGUGAUGAGGGUUUUAUACCGGCUUAGAGUUUAAGAUACUUAAUUUAAGUGGUUUGCAGAAGACCUGUUUCAGCUGAUGCUUUCUUUAAUCUGUCAUAAUCAUCUCUGGGGUCAUGUGGCAACAACAAAAAAACAGAAAGCCAGUGAAACGUUUCAUGUGCAUGAUUUUAUUUGAGAUGUAACAACGAUUUUACAAUCAUAGAUCAAUUUUAUCUAAUUUUUCUCUUCUUUGGGGGGCAUAUUGUGGGGCCUUUUAUUGAUGUAUCUAGAUGUGGAAAUAAAACUAUACUCCAUCAGAUCAUCAAAAAUUUAUCCCAGAAUAAUUGUUGGCCUGUUUGAGUUCAGCUUCAAUUAUUUAUGAGGAGCCAUAUUAGCAGCCAGAUGGCCGGCUCUACAUGAACAAUGUGAGGAGUCAUGCAUACUGUCUUUCCUCCUCUCGGCGGUCAGAUCCUUUAUUUCCUCUUUUUUCUGUGGGAGCAUUGUCUCUAUAACAAUCCCUGCCUCCCACCUGUUCCCGUGGAAAAGAGUAAAUUCCCCUUUUGGUCUUUAACAUCUGUAGUCUCUCAUUCCUGCACUGUUGUGAAACCAAGGCUAUAAUUCAGCUUUCUGCUCUUAAAAUGAGUUUGUGUUGCACUCAUAUUCAUUUGAUCCACCUCUCUUCUGUUUGUAAUUAUAUUAGUAUAAGGAUGGUGAUUGUGCUGUGUAAGGAAGUAGGGACUAAUUUAUUGCCUUCAUUGAAAAUCAGUUUCAUUCCCAGUAGCUUCUCCUCUGCUGUUGAUAUUAAUUGUUUGUAUUUUUAUUCUCCAUUUUCUCAUCAGGUGUUGUCCAUAGAGAAAGCAGAGAGCACCAGCCCGCUUCCAAACCCGGUCAUCGUGAGCCUUCGGACCAAAAAGGCCUUCCAGCUAAUUGAGCUGCAGGACAGAGACGAGCUGGUGGAGAGCCUGAACUCCAGACUCAGAGCUCUGCAGUGGAAACAGUCCAUGUUCCGCGGCAAGAAAGACGGCAAGAGGAAGAUGGUACGCAAGAUUUUCCUGCUCUGUUUGGAUGUUCAUUUUCAAUGUUUCAUUUCGAAUGUCUCUAAAUCACAUAAGCUUUCCAGAUAAGAAAACAGUUUUCCUGACAGUUGCACAAUAGUUUUUCUUUGGUUUUGGAGCCAGACCCAAGUGGACACUAGAGGAACUGCAGUUUUUCCACUUGAGCAUUUGCUUCAUUUUUUUUUUUACCUCUGAGAAACCCCAUUUAACAAGUCCAGAUAUAACAUCUCAUUUUUGUAUUAUGACUGGAUUUUAAUUCUACAAUGUAUGAAAGGAAAUCUGAACCUGAUCAGGGAAAAUGUGUGUGAUCUAUUGAUACUUAAAACACUGUUCAGAUUGAAUUUUUCCACAUAUUUUCCCUCAGAGCUCUCCAACACCUUACUACACGUUUUACUACGACACUGGGUACUCUGAUGAAGAGGAAAUAGAGGAGCAGGUUCUUCGUAACACCGUCAACAGCGAGGCUCUGAUGACCGCCUUCCACCUAAACCAACCAGGAAACAACGGGGGCAAGGUAAAGGAGAUCCUCAUACCUGAGUAAAGAUUUUCAGUGAGAACGUAGUCCAACAAGGAAGCAUGUCUUUGAGAAAAACUGUAAAAAAAACCCACAGACUGGUAGAGGGUGCUCGAGGAUGUUAUUACAAAAGAGGAUAAAGGCCACAUAAAGAGAAAAAAAUAAUUACAGGAAGGAGGUUAAAGUCGAAAUUUCGAGUUUAAAGUCAAAAUUUUGAGAUAACAAAAUAGAAAUUAUGUCAAUAAAGUCAAAAUUUCAAGAUUAAAGUUGAAAUUUGGAGGUAAAAAUUGAAAUUUCGAGAUUAAAGUCGAAAUUUCAAGAUUACAAAAUGUUAAAAUUUUGUGAAUAAUGUCAAAAUUUUGAGAAAAAAAAAUUAAAAAUGUGAAAUUAAAGUCAGAAUUUCGAGAUUAAAGUCAACAUAAAUAAAGUCGAAAUUUCGUCUUUUUAAAAUUUUGACUUUAAUCUUGAAAUUUCAACUUUAAUCUUGAAAUGGAAAUCAAAAAAUUCUCCUCCUGUAAUCAUUUUUUCCUCUUUUUGUUGCCAUAAUCCUCUUUCGUGUGUUAUAUUCCUGAACACGCUCAGGUAGUCACAAUAAAUGUGAAUUUGUGUUUGUGUGUAUACAUCAGAACAUGGAGCAGGCGAAGGAGCGGCUGUGGGAGGAUCAUUUCUCAGAGUUCGGUCGAGGCGUCCACAUGUUUCGCACUGAGAAGAUCCAGAAACUCGUUGCCAUGGGGAUACCAGAGUCUCUGCGGGGGGAGCUGUGGAUGACACUGUCCGGUAAAGUUAAGAUAGUGGAUUUUUUUACCUGUCUUCACAAAUUUAUUAAAGGACUGAAUUAAAUCUUUGUAUCACAGUCGAAAUAGUAACUAUCUUACAAUCAUAAAAUAAAUGAAAACACAUUAAAGUGAUUACAAUGUUAUAAAGGAGAGCAAUAAUCAUCUCACCACGGGGGCUUUCAUGUUCUUUUAUUGAAACUCUUUGGAUAGUGGAUUUAUCUUUAGACAAACUUCAGAGAGACUUUCCCUAAAUGCUGGUUCAAGUACAUGUGCUGUGGGCUUCACAUCCUCUUCUCUGCAUCUGCUGUCUCAAAUGAAACCCCUUCAGUCAAAACCAGACUGCAGCUUUUAUUUUGGUUUGCUAUCAUUUCCUUUGCUGUGUCCUAUAGAGGAAGGACAGGGUUUGAAACUGUAACUGAGGAAGCGAAACUGGAACCAAACCUCUCAGUACUGAGACAAAAAUUUGUGAUUCGUUACCACAGCCUCAUGCGGUCCAGUAUUUAGGUGUUGAUUUUGAACAGUCAGCUGUAGUCUGUUAACUAUCUGUCUCAUUUGAUUAUCACAUACAGGACUGUUUCCACUGCGUUUCUCAAUCUAAAUUUUAUUUAUCAACGCUUUAUGGGCUUUCAUAGGUAACACAUGUAAAGUGAGAACCACUCAGAUUCAGUAAAAAUGCUGAUACCCUCAAGUUACAGAAAAUCUACUUAAAGAGGAGCAAAAGCUUCAAAUGUGUAAGACCAGAAGCAUUCCUCUCCCCUCUGAUUACCCUGAUUGAAAAGACACUCCCUCUUUUUUUAAUAUCUUCAUCUCUGGUUUGUACAGAUGCAUCCUCAGAGCUCGAGUCCCAUCAGGGUUACUACACCAGCCUGGUGCAGAAGUCGAUGGGCCAAAGCAGUCUGGCCACAGAGGAGAUAGAGAGGGACCUUCAUCGAUCUCUACCAGACCACCCGGCCUUUCAAAACCCCACAGGCAUCGCUGCACUUCGACGAGUCCUCACUGCCUACGCUCACCGCAACCCAAAGAUCGGAUACUGUCAGGUAGAGACCGCAUGAUCUGAGCAGUUUGACAUCUACAACAUAAGAUAAGAUAUACUAUCAUAAAUACAAAUACAGAGAAAUUAAAGGAUAAAGAAACUUAGAGUAAAAAAAAAAGGAUAUAUUAUUAUCAUUAGGAUAUAUAAAACUAAGUGUUAUAGUCCGCCUGGUUAUUAUUAUUCUCUUUUUUUAGCUGUAAAUGUGUCAGAAAGUGUCUUGUGUGUGAAAUCUUUUGCCCCUUUUCUCAGGAUAAAUUCAACUUUCAAAAUCUCUCAAGAAUUUAACAUUUUUAACAUGUUAUAUAUAUUUAAACUCUGUGAAAUAACAAUAAAAGUGAAAAACGGAUUUGAAUUUUUAGAAAGUUUUGUAUUGUUGAACACUUAAGAUGUACAGGUCCAAAGAUUUUGAGAUGACAAAAACAUUAUUUGAACUAUAACACAACAACUCAAGCAGUUUGGUUUUCCUGGAACCUUCCUUUCACCUGUUAUUGCUUGAAAAAGUCUAUUCAUAACCCGGCGUAGGUAUGAAACUCUCUGAAGCAAUUCCUAUCUAACUGAAGGCAGAGUCCAAGUCCACACUCUUCACACUUCCAGGGGGUGCUCCUUUUGCACACAGUGCAUUGUUUUCUCCCCAGGCUGGCUCUCUGCCUUUUCUCCAUUGACUGCCCUCUGCUGGUUGGGACAGGAAAGUGGCCUUGAGUGGGGUGCUUGGGUGGUGGAGUGAGUGGCACACCAAGCAGCUCGGCACACAGCUUCUCCUGGAAAGCCUGGCGUGUCAUGGGCUUCGUCUUCUUUGUCACGCUGAUAUCUUUGUGUAGGAUAUAGCUGUUUGUUGCAGCUAUAUCCACAAGGUGCUGAAAUACAGUCAUGGGCCAUCUUCUGGUCUUCCUGUGGACAGAGUUGGUGCCCAACAUCUGGUCAGAGGUGUCCACCCCUCCCAUGUACUUGUUGUACUCACCCACGGCUGUGGGUCUGGGGAUAGGGACCCUCUGACUGAGCCCAUCGCUUGUCUUCUGCCACCGCAGGACAGUCUCCCCCGUGUACACUGGAUGGACUGUUGUACACAUGGUGACCUCUCUGGCGUCCAUCCACUUCACAAACAGGAGGUCUCCGUCCCUCAUCCACCUGAUGGAGCCUCUCUGCGAUUUUUUGUCCAGGGCGUUGUCACUGGUUUGUGGUGUCCCAAAAACCAGUGACUUACCGCCCUGCCUGUAGGUCCCACAGGCACCAAAGCCCUGCUGGGUCAGGUGACGGAAGAGGAGAGGGCUGGUGUAGAAAUUGUCACAGUAAACAAUGUAGCCGCUCCCCAGGUAGUCUUUAUUCACAAGCUCUGACACCACAUCAAAAGAAAGCCCCUUCCCUGAAGCUCCUUCAUUUCUCCCCGUGUAGAGCCUGUAAUCCACGGUAUAACCAUUUGUGUCAGCCAAAACAAAAAACUUCAGACCCCACCUCGUAGGCUUUGCACGCAUAUACUGCUUCAGCUUUACCCUUGCCUUUGUGGCCACCAUCCUCUCAUCCACAGAGAUGUGCUGCCUUGGAUGGUAGGUGGCUUUGCAUCUUGUGCGCAUCAUCUCUAGGAGACACCUGACCUUUUGGAGGGGGUCAUACUCCUCUGUGCCCUUUCGCUGUUCAUUGGCAGCAUCCUCCUCUGGGUCGCUCAUGUGCAGGUUGGAGGUGAUGGCCAAAAACCUGUUCCUGGACAUCACUGUGGCAGGUAAAGGAAUAUGAAAAAUUGUUUUCACCCGCCAGAAGUCAGUCAUUUUGGGAAAGUUGCACACAGACAUGAAGAGCAACAUGCCCAGGUACUUUUUGAGCUCCUGAGGUGUGAGCUCAGAGAUCCAUUGCAGCUUUUUCCCUGCCUUCUUUUUGUGCUGUGUGUAUUUAUUUGUGUUUACACACAACACUUUGAGCACCUCUGAGUCAAAAAACACCCCAAAAAUAUCCCCAGGUGCUGGAGUCUCCAUGUCGAGAGGGGGUUGGACACCAGGGGUGCGUUUUGGGAGAAACCUUGGUGGGCUACAGGGAUGAGGGUCAGGGUCUGCCUCUGUCUUCCAGGCCUGCUGCGGUUUUGGUGAAUGAGAUGCAGGAGCAUCACUAGCAGCAUCAGAACCGCUGCUGCUGCUGCUGCUGUGCCGCCUGCCUUGGCCACGGACCAGACUCCGCCAUUCAUCUGAAGAAUCUCUAAAAAUGUAUUGAGGAGAUAAUAAUGAUAAUGUAAACAAUAAAAGAAUUCAAAAAAUAAAUACAAGUAUUUAUGUAUAAAAUUAUGACUUCAAAUAAUGAUAUCAUUUUAUUAGAAGUAGAUUUGGGAGUAAAUAUGUAGAGUAUGCAUACUAUUUACUUACUCUGUUUGGGAUGGUGACACACCCCCUGCCUCCUCCUGCACCUCCAUCUCCUCUUCCUCCUCCACAUAUUGAGUUGGAGGUCUCCCCUUUCUUGGAGAUCUCCUCAACAUAUCUGCCUCCACUACCUACACUACAGUGGAGCUCAGCUUCCCUUAAAAUGUCACCCCCCAAAAAAAGAAAAAGUGGUGAAAUACGUACUACUGUGUGUACAUUUCAUUAACUAAAUACGCACUAGAAAGCCUUUAUCUUUUGUUCAGAAUCAGCUUCUUAUCACAGUGUGAUAAGAAGCUGAUAAUCACAGGUAACCGGCACAACCUGGUUCUCAUUCAUCCUCGCAGCGCCUCAGCGCCUCACACGUCUGCUGACUUCAGUGUGGAAGCUCAAAGUGGGUUGUUCCAGCAGCGAAACUAGACGCUCAUUGGAUAAAUGCUGGGCUUUGUCCUGCCCAUCAGCGUCUCUGGAGUUCUAUGACGAGAGGGUGGUCCCAACCUUCUCGCGGACGCGUAGCUUCUGCAUCCAUGAUUGGAUGAGCUGUCUGAGGCGAAACCUUUUUUUUUGAUUGACAGCUAAACAAGCGAAUCAGCGAUCUUGAAGAAUAAAACAUCUACCACAGUAUUUUCCAAGUAAUUCAUUCCGUUGUUCUUAACUGCUCCGGUGACCUUACCGCCCCUCAGCGACUUCUGGCUUUGUUAAAAACGACUGCCAUUGUGUUUGGCGACUCAAUUAUGAUACAGGCCAGAAAAAUGAGCUUCCCCUCCUUGAAAGACCAGCAGCUGCCACUGCUACACUAUUACAAUCUAAAGGAACUAGCUAAAAACGCACGAGCCAAGGCAAGAACACGGCAAAAUAACACUCAAAACUUAUAAAAUGAACUCUAACACUAUGAUAAACAACAAUGAAUGAUAUAUACAACGAUUGAUAUAAUAUAUACAAAGAUAAACAGCUAAAUAACCUCUAAAACCCUGCUAAAUCUCCGAUGAAUCUCCCAGAUCUGCACUCUCUCUGCUCCAAAGUCUCCCUUGCUGCCGUUACCGUAAUGUAUCAUAUAUCAGCGCAAAGCUUAGAGUCUCACCUUUCAGAAUCCGUAGGAAUUCUGUUGAUAGCGCAAUGGUUCAAGAGUUACGGUACUAAAGGUGCAGCAUGUCAUUUUCUGUCGCCGACGAUGACGCUGUUAUACCUAAGGUGAAACUUGUUGAAUAUUCUCUGUCUUCUGAUCCUCAUGUUUGUUUGUUUGUUUCUGGUUUUCAGUCCAUGAACAUCCUGGCGUCGGUGCUGCUGCUCUAUGCUAAAGAAGAGGAAGCUUUCUGGCUGCUGGUGGCUGUUUGUGAGAGGAUGCUGCCAGACUACUUCAACCGGAGGGUCAUAGGUGAGAAAAGAAGAGACGCAUUUUUUACUUUAUUUUUUUCUCAUUUGUUAAUUUUUUGUUCAAAGGCACAGAGGUAGUGAAAAGUGGUGAUUGUCGUUUGUUCUCAAAGUCUUCACUCUGCUGUUUCAUGUUGUGGUUGUUUUGUCUGAGUUUCUCGGACACCAAACAACCUGAGUGACUAUUUUUGGCCCCUGAAAUGCAGGGGCUUAUUUCCUGUGUUUGUGAGGCUGUUUAUCUGUCAUAUACAAGGUGCAUUUGAAACAAUUUCCUCUUCCUUUAAAUGCUCAGAUGUUUGUGAACCGUUUUUAUCUUUGAACAGCUUUUUUAUUUUAUUUUUUUGGCAGAUUGUUGUUGAAACUGCAGUUAUUUUUAUCCUUUUUUUAAAGUGUACACAUUUAUUUCAACCCAGAAGAGUAAAAACAGAACAGGAUGGACAACAUUAUAGUUUCAUCCUGAUAAUAAUGUUUGUCUGUGUCGACACAUUUUUCCUGAGAGGUAAAAUUGACGGCCCGGAAGUAUUCAGCUGGCAAACAACACAGCCAGCACUCUUUUUUUAUAGGAUAAGAUAACUUACUUGAUUUUUUUUUUAAACUGUAUUUAAGUGACAAAAUCUUUGACUUUUAGGCAGCAGAUGUUAAUAGUUCAGCAAGAAAAUUUGAUUAAAGCAACAAUUGGACUGAAAGUAAUGUCCAGCUGUUGCUGCCAUCUGGUGGUCGAACUGUGAUGAAGACAACAAAUCUUAAAGUAAUGUUGAUGUUUAACUACACCGUUCACGAGUAAUGGUGUACUUUUUCUUACUAUUACUUUAACUUUUUCAUUUUUCACUUAUCGUUUUACUACCAUUAGUCACUUUAAUACUGUAGUAAGUAUAAACAGAAUUAUAAUUCAUUUUGAAAAACUUCUCAUGACACAUGUUUUUCUGCUGUCACCAGUCACCUCCUCUUUGCUAAAUCGGUCACAGUUCUUUAUCUGUAUUCUCUUAAAUAGUUUGGCAGACGUCAUUUAUCAACAGAGUAAAUCAUGAUUUUGUGGAGUGAGGAGAAACCACGAAUUAGAAGUUGAAAACAUUUUUUCUUUUCCCAAUUGUAGUUUAAAUUUUCAUUUUUUUUCUUGAAUUCAGGAGGAGAAAAGAAGAACACACCUGUGCUCAGAGUUCUAUAAGACAUGUUUGUUGUCGUCUUAACAUAACCCUCUUUUUUAGUUUGUAAUCCAUGAUCUGUGAUGUUUUAUCUGUAACAAAAAGGAUGAUACUUUUUUACUAAUUUCAAAUUUUGGCCUCCCACCAUUGUAUCAGCUCUCCCAUGCCUUACUCUCUGACUCCAUCGUCUCUCCUCCCCCUCUGCAGGAGCUCAGGUGGAUCAGUCCGUGUUCGAGGAGCUGAUCCGGGAGCGUUUGCCGGAGCUGGCUGAAAACGUCCCCGACCUCUCCACCCUCUCCUCCGUCUCCCUCUCCUGGUUCCUCACGCUCUUCCUCAGCGUGCUGCCCUUUCACAGCGCCAUCUGCGUGGUCGACUGUUUCUUCUUCCACGGGAUCAAAGCCAUCUUCCAGCUGGGUUUGGCGGUGCUGGAGGCCAACGCCGCACAGCUCGCUGCCUGCACUGACGACGGACAGGCUCUCAUGAUUCUCACGAGGUAGAUCUGUUUGUAGAUGGACUGUAUUAGAAAGGUACUUUGAUUCAGUUUGCUUGUGAUGAGGUGGGGAAGCUUGACUAAAAGAAAAAAUCCACAUUCCUGAGUGGAGUGAAUGUUUGAAAGAUACGAAAGUUCAGUAUGUGACUUUUCUGUUCUUGUUUUUCUUCAGUUUUCUGGACCAGGUCGGCAGUGAAGAGUCGUCUCGUCCUCCAUCCACUCAGCUUGUUGCUGCGGAAACGAGCAGCAGCGACUCGGACAUUCCUGCUGUGCGUCACUCAAACAUCACUGAGCUCAUAAAUGACUCAUAUGAGGUGAGGAAUUCACUGUCGUCCCUGCAAGUUCCCUUUAUUUCUUUCAUCCUCCUUUUUGCCUUUGCACAUUUAAUCGACCAAACAUAACAGUUUGAUCCCUUUAAGAUAGAAAUCAAUGCAUCGGUAAAAGUUUUAAGGGUUACUUUAAAGAGCUGUGCUUAUCCUCUGCUGUUUGCUUCCAUUUAUCAGAAAUUCGGAGACCUGUCAGUGAGGCAGAUCGAGAGACUUCGCUGUCGACACAGAAUCCGAGUCCUGCAGGCUCAUGAAGACACCAUCAAAGAAAACACGGUGAGCAAACGCAGGAGAUGAUAAACUUGACUGUAAAACUACUUGAAGAGGAUGAAUGUUUACUGUACAGUUUCAUCCUGAACUUUUUGCCGCUUUUUCAUCCUGUCAUUUCACCGCCACAUCUCUUCUCUCGCUCUUCGCAGUUGAGACUUGUCAAUCCAGACGUUUCUAUCUCUCCAGAGAACUUGUCUGAUGUCUACGACCUCUUUAAGGUAACAAUCAUGUGGUUUUUUUUGUCUCAGAAGACACCAUAUUCAUAUUUUAACCAUCUCUCCUCCUUCUCCACCCUGCAGACGGAGCACUUCAUCACUCUGUACUGGGGCGACAGCAGCUCCGCGGCGGCGGCCGAGGCAGCAGCGUGGCGCCACAGUGAAACUAGUCGUUCCUUCAUCGAGCGGCAGUAUCGUCUGGACCGGCCUCAGUUUAAGAGCCUGUACGGGCUGCUGUCUCCAUGGCCCGGAGUUCAGAACCAGCACGCCGACACUCUGGCCAACCGCACCUUCACCCUGCUGGACCAGGACCAGGACAACCUGGUCACAUUCAGGGAGUUUGCAGGCUGGCUGGGUAUGUGAAGGGAGAGAGGAGAAAAUAAAAUCAAAACUCCUUUAAGCUUGGUUUUGGUUGAUAAAGUUGUAGUUUUUUGGGACGGCAGAGUCUCUGGUGUGAUUUUGAUCUGAUGUAAAUGAUUUUAAAGUUUCCAGAAACUGAAAACUGCAAAUAUUAUGCUUAAAUAGAUAUUUGACGUGCUUGUUCUGCUCUCUUUCUCUCUCUCUCUCUCUCUCUCUCUCUGCAGACACUUUAUACUGUGAAGAGCUGAACGUGAAGAUAAGGUUACUGUAUCGUCUGCACAUCCCUCCAGGUUAGUCAUCGUGUUAACUCAGUGAAAAUCAGGAGAAACAAUCCGAGCUGUUCUUAAUGAAGUAACUUGUGUGUCUGCAGCUCUGACAGACAGUGAGGAUGACCCCUCUCUGAUGAAGAGCCCUCUGCUGUCCACAAACAGACCCCUCUAUGUGAAUCUGCCCUCCGGUCAGUCAGACUCAAACAGAUCUUCAUUUAUAAAGUCAGAAGAAAUAGAAAGAACACGGUUAAUAUUUAUGUGUUUUUGGGUUGAUAUAAAGAUGUAAACAAAGAUGGUUUUCUCACGUGUUUUGAUUUCAGAUGUUGAAGGAGAAGUGAAGGACUAUCAGGAGCAGCUGAAGCAGAUGCUGCAGGAUUUGGUUAAAGAGAAGGAGAAGGAUGUGGAGAAACCUCUGCCUCUCAUGAACCAGGUAUACAGGAAAUCAACAGUAUGAUCUGUCAAAUAAACAAACCACAAGAUGAUUGUAUCAGAAUGAACUGAUCUGAGAGUUAGCAGACACUCAUGAGUGAAUAUAUUUUAAAGGGAUAUUCCGGCAUAAAAUUAAGUUUGGGUCAAACACACCAUAACACCGAGUUAGACACGCCCUCGAGAGAUGAAUGAAACAUUCAUCUCUCGGGGGGGUGUCUAACUGAGUGUUAUGGUGUGUUUGACCCUAAAUAUCCCUUUAAACUACAUUAAAAUAAUUCUCUAAACUUUUCUCUGCAGCGGGAGUUCAUCCAGUUCUGUAAAACGCUCUACAGCAUGUUCCACGGCGACCUCGAGGAGAACGACCUCUUCCAGGCCAUCGCAACCGUCACCAGUCUGGUGCUGCAGAUCGGCGAGGCGGGACACCGUGCACCCUGCUCGGGGUCAGAGGUCACAGAAGCUCCCGCUGAGGACACUGGGGUCGAAGGGUCGGAAGAGAACGAGUGGACGAUCAGCUUCGCUCAGAUCCUGGCGUCUCUGCUGACCGAACAGGCGCUGGUGAACUUCUUUGAGAAGCCGGCGGAUCUGACUGUGAAAAUCUCCGAGGCUAAAGAGAAGCAGUAUCACCAGAGGGCCUCUCUGCUCUCACUGCAGAGGAACAGAUGACCACAUGUGAACUCUGAGACAGGGCGUAGGCCAAAGCAUGAAGAGAACCACAGAUAUCACUGUCAGUUCACACAGUGUGACAGGAUGCAGCAGCUCCAAAUCCAGACGGUUAAGAGGAGAUCACUGUAUCAACGGUAUGACUGAGUCUUCAAAUCCUGAACGACUUUGUUAGGGCCCGAGCGUAGCUGCUAAGCAGCUGCGAGAGCCCUAUUAUUCCCCAAGUGGUUUUUCUUUGUUUCUUUCUUUCUUUCUUUCUUUCUUUCUUUAGGGCCCGAGCCAGCUGCAGAGCAGCCGGGCGUAGGCCCUAUUAUUCCCCAAGUGGUUUUUCUUUGUUAGGGCCCGAGCCAGCUGCAGAGCAGCCGGGCGUAGAGCCCUAUUAUUCCUGUAUGGGUUCUUCUUUCUUCUUUCUUUCUUUCUUUCUUCUUAUUUUUCCUCCCCUUUGAAGGGGAAAAUGGCCCACUUCCCACUGGCGAAAACUCAUGAAAUUUGGCAGGACGACCGGGCCUGGUGAAAAAUUCGAUAUUCUGAAGUCGCCGAAAAAAUAAUAUGCAAAAUGGCUCCAUAGCGCCCCCUAAGGUGAAAAUUCACACUAUCGCGUGUCACGCCUGUACGCUUUGUCAUAUUGACACAAAAAUUGACACACACAUGUAUCUCAAUAAGAUCUACAAAAAAGUCAGUGCGGGCGUAUCUGUCAAAUGUACGGUUAAAGGGCUAUUUCGCAUUUUUUGCCGAUCCGCACACAUUGGAAUUUCACUAACUCCUCCGAAGGCUUUCGUUCCACCGGCACCACAUUUGCUCAGGCCAAUCUACACCCCAUGGCCAUUAAAAGUUGUACAAAUCAUGACGCUGCACCCCACGGUUUAGGUUCUAGGGGGCGCCAAAAAUAACGCAAAAAUCCACAUUCUUAAAAGUCUUAUAACUUUUUAUUUUUGUCCUCACUGGCCUCCAAGUUUUCUAGGAUGAUGCAAUGUCCAGCCAUCAACACAUUUGUGAAGGAAUUUUUACUCCCCAAAAGAGCGCCCCCCCAUGGCAGGAGAAAAAAGUCCAUUUUUUCUUGUCCCCUAAGGUGAAAAUUCACACUAUUGAGUGUCACGCCUGUACGCUUCGUCAUAUUGACACAUAAUUUGACAAUCACGUGUAUCUCAAUAAGAUCUACGAAAAAGUCAGUGCGGGCAUAUCUGUCAAAUGUACGGUUAAAGGGUUAUUUCGCAUUUUUUGCCGAUCCGCACACAUUGGAAUUACGCUAACUCCUCCUAAGGCUUUCGUUCCACCGGCACCAAAUUUGCUCAGGCCAAUCUACACCCCAUGGCCAUUAAAAGUUGUACAAAUCAUGACGCUGCACCCCACGGUUUAGGUUCUAGGGGGCGCCAAAGAUUACCCAAAUAUCCAUAUUCUUAAAAGUCUUAUAACUUUUUAUUUUUGUCCUCACUGGCCUCCAAGUUUUCUAGGAUGAUGCAAUGUCCAGCCAUCAACACAUUUGUGAAGGAAUUUUUUCUCCCCAAAAGAGCGCCCCCCCAUGGCAGGCGAAAAAGUCAAGUUUUUCCUGCCCAUUGCUCAAUGGCUCAAACAUCGCUCUCUCGGCAAAACCGAAAGGUGGAGCAACUUGCCAUUUGGAUAUAUACUAGCUGUGUUUCUGCCCUCACUCAUGGUCCAGACUUUUUUCGAAUAGGACAUGGAGUUUUUCUGCAGCGAGCAUUUUGGUAGAAACUGCGCCUCCCAUUCAUUAUAACGGUAAAUGACCACAGACAAGUGCACACACCAUCUUUCGACCUUGAGUGUGACGCGAUCAGGAGGGGGAGGCGGUCGCGCUGGGGGCGGUGCGACAUGGCUCGGGCCCGCCAGUGCCCCAACGGGGCCCUAGUUUCUUUCUUUCUUAGGGCCCGAGCGUAGCUGCUAAGCAGCUGCGAGAGCCCUCUUGUUCCUGCAUGUUUCCUUCUUUUGUUAUUAUUAUUAUUAUUAUUAUUUUUCCUCCCCUUUGAACUGGAAAAUGGCCCACUUCCCACUGGCGAAAACUCAUGAAAUUUGGCAGGACGACCGGGCCUGGUGAAAAAUUUGAUAUUCCGAAGUCGCCCAAACAAGAAAAUGCAAAAUGGCUCCAUAGCGCCCCCUAAGGUGAAAAUUCACACUAUUGACUGUCACGCCGGUACGCUUUGUCAAAAUGACACAAAAAUUGACACACACAUGUAUCUCAAUAAGAUCUACAAAAAAGUCAGUGCGGGCGUAUCUGUCAAAUGUACGGUUAAAGGGUUAUUUCGCAUUUUUUGCCGAUCCGCACACAUUGGAAUUUCGCUAACUCCUCCGAAGGCUUUCGUUCCACCGGCACCACAUUUGCUCAGGCCAAUCUACACCCCAUGGCCAUUAAAAGUUAUUCAAAUCAUGACGCUGCAUCCCACGGUUUAGGUUCUAGGGGGCGCCAAAGAUAACCCUAAGAUCCACAUAUUUAAAAGUCUUAUAACUUUUUAUUUUUGCCCUCACUGGCCUCCAAGUUUUCUAGGAUGAUGCAAUGUCCAGCCAUCAACACAUUUGUGAAGGAAUUUUUACUCCCCAAAAGAGCGCCCCCCAUGGCAGGAGAAAAAAGUCCAUUUUUUCUUGUCCCCUAAGGUGAAAAUACACAUUGUUGAGUGUAACACCUGUACGCUUUGGCAAAAUGACACAAAAAUUGACACACACAUGUAUCUCAAUAAGAUCUACGAAAAAGUCAAUGCGCGCGUAUCUGUCAAAUGUACGGUUAAAGGGUUAUUCCGCAUUUUUUGGCGAUCCGCACACAUUGGAAUUUCGCUAACUCCUCCGAAGGCUUUCGUUCCACCGGCACCACAUUUGCUCAGGCCAAUCUACACCCCAUGGCCAUUAAAAGUUAUUCAAAUCAUGACGCUGCACCCCACGGUUUAGGUUCUAGGGGGGAGCCAAAGAUAACCGUAAAAUCCACAUAUUUAAAAGUCUUAUAACUUUUUAUUUUUGUCCCCACUGGCCUCCAAGUUUUCUAGGAUGAUGCAAUGUCCAGCCAUCAACACAUUUGUGAAGGAAUUUUUACUCGCCAAAAGAGCGCCCCCCCAUGGCAGGAGAAAAAAGUCCAUUUUUUCUUGUCCACUAAGGUGAAAAUACACAUUGUUGAGUGCUACGCCUGUAUGUUUUGUCGUAUUGACACAAAAUUUUACAUACACGUGUAUUUACAUAAGAUCUUCGAAAAAGUCAAUGGCCACGUAUCUGUAACAUGUACGGUUAAAGGGUUAUUUCGCAUUUUUUGCAGAUUCGCACACAUUGGAAUUUCGCUAAUUCCUCCGAAGGCUUUCGUUCCACCGGCACCACAUUUGCUCAGGCCAAUCUACACCCCAUGGCCAUUAAAAGUUAUUCAAAUCAUGACGCUGCACCCCAUGGUUUAGGUUCUAGGGGGCGCCAAAUAUAACCCUAAAAUCCACAUAUUUAAAAGUCUUAUAACUUUUUAUUUUUGUCCUCACUGGCCUCCAUGUUUUCUAGGAUGAUGCAAUGUCCAGCCAUCAACACAUUUGUGAAGGAGUUUUUUCUCUUUAAAAGAGCACCCCCCCAUGGCAGGAGAAUAAAGUCAAGUUUUUCCUGUUCAUCAUUCAAUGGCUCAAACGCACUGCUCUCUCGGCAAAAGCGAAAGGAGGAGCAACUUGCCAUUUGGAUAUAUCUUAGCUGUGUUUGUGCCCUCACUCAUGGUCCAGACUUUUUUCAAAUAGGACAUGGAGUUUUUCUGCAGCGAGCGUUUUGGUAGAAACUGCGCCUCCCGUUCAUUAUAAUGGUAAAUGACCACAAACAAGUGCGCACACCAUCUUUGGACCUUGAGUGUGACGCGAUCGGGUGGGGGAGGCGGUCGCGCUGGGGGCGGCGUGACACGGCUCGGGCCCGCCAGUGCCCCAACGGGGCCCUAGUUUUUUCUUUUUCCUCCCCUUUGAACUGGAAAAUGGCCCACUUCCCACUGGCGAAAACUCAUGAAAUUUGGCAGGAUGACCGGGCCUGGUGAAAAAUUCGAUAUUCUGAAGUCGCCCAAACAAUAAAAUGCAAAAUGGCUCCAUAGCGCCCCCUAAGGUGGAAAUUCACACUAUUGACUGUCACGCCUGUACGCUUUGUCAUAUUGACACAAAAAUUGACACACAUAUGUAUCUCAAUAAGAUCUACAAAAAAGUCAGUGCGGCCGUAUCUGUCAAAAUUACGGUUAAAGGGUUAUUUCGCAUUUUUUGCCGAUCCGCACACAUUGGAAUUUCGCUAACUCCUCCGAAGGCUUUCGUUCCACCGGCACCACAUUUGCUCAGGCCAAUCUACACCCCGUGGCCAUUAAAAGUUAUCAAAAUCAUGACGCUGCACCCCAAGGUUUAGGUUCUAGGGGGCGCCAAAGAUAACACUAAAAUCCACAUAUUUAAAAGUCUUAUAACUUUUUAUUUUUGUCCUCACUGGCCUCCAAGUUUUCUAGGAUGAUGCAAUGUCCAGCCAUCAACACAUUUGUGAAGGAAUUUUUACUCCCCAAAAGAGCGCCCCCCCAUGGCAGGAGAAAAAAGUCCAUUUUUUCUUGUCCCCUAAGGUGAAAAUACACAUUGUUGAGUGUCACGCCUAUACGCUUUGUCAAAAUGACACAAAAAUUGACACACACAUGUAACUCAAUAAGAUCUACGAAAAAGUCAAUGCGCGCGUAUCUGUCAAAUGUACGGUUAAAGGGUUAUUUUGCAUUUUUUGCCGAUCCACACACAUUGGAAUUUCGCUAACUCCUCCAAAGGCUUUCGUUCCACCGGCACCACAUUUGCUCAGGCCAAUCUACACCCCGUGGCCAUUAAAAGUUAUCAAAAUCAUGACGCUGCACCCCACGGUUUAGGUUCUAGGGGGCGCCAAAGAUAACCCUAAAAUCCACAUAUUUAAAAGUCUUAUAACUUUUUAUUUUUGUCCUCACUGGCCUCCAAGUUUUCUAGGAUGAUGCAAUGUCCAGCCAUCAACACAUUUGUGAAGGAAUUUUUACUCCCCAAAAGAGCGCCCCCCAUGGCAGGAGAAAAAAGUCCAUUUUUUCUUGUCCCCUAAGGUGAAAAUACAUAUUGUUGAGAUUCACGCCUAUACGCUUUGUCAUAUUGACACAAAAUUUGACAAUCACAUGUAUCUCAAUCAGAUCUACGAAAAAGUCUAUGCGCGCGUAUCUGUAAAAUGUACGGUUAAAGGGCUAUUUUGCAUUUUUUGCCGAUUCGCACACAUUGGAAUGUGGCUAACUCCUCCUAAGGCUUUCGUCCCACUGACACCAAAUUUGCUCAGGCCAAUCUACACCCCAUGGCCAUUCAAAGUUGUAAAAAUCAUGACGCUGCACCCCACGGUUUACGUUCUAGGGGGCGCCAAAGAUGACCCAAAUAUCCACAUUCUUAAAAGAAUCCACAUCCCCCCCAUCCCCCAUCCCCCAUGGCAGGAGAAACAGUCAAGUUUUUCCUGCCCAUCACUCAAUGGCUCAUUCGCAUCACUCUCCCGGCAACACCGUAACGAGGAGCAACUUGCCGUUUGGAUAUAUCCUAGCUGUGUUUGUGCCCUCACUCAUGGUCCAGACUUUUUUCAAAUAGGACAUGUAGUUUGUCUGCAGCGAGUGUUUUGGUAGAAACUGCGCCUCCCAUUCAUUAUAAUGGGAAAUGACCACAGACAAGUGCGCACACCAUCUUUGGACCUUGAGUGUGACGCGAUCGGGAGGGGUAGGCGGUCGCGCUGGGGGCGGCGCAACGCGGCUCGGGCCCGACAGUGCCCCACCGGGGUCCUAGUUAGGGCCCGAGCGUAGCUGCUAAGCAGCUGCGAGAGCCCUAUUAUUCCUGAUGGAUUCUUCUUUCUUCUUCUUCUUCUUCUUAUUAUUUUUCUGCCCCUUUGAACUGGAAAAUGGCCCACUUCCCACUGGUGAAAAGUCAUGAAAUUUGGCAGGACGACCGGGCCUGGUGAAAAAUUCGAUAUUCUGAAGUCGCCCAAAAAAUCAAAUGCAAAAUGGCUCCAUAGCGCCCCCUAAGGUGAAAAAUUAACAUGAUUGAGUGUCACGCCUGUACGCUUUGUCAAAAUGACACAAAAUUUGACACACACGUGUAUCUCAAUAAGAUCUACAAAAAAGUCAGUGCGGGCGUAUCUGUCAAAUGUACGGUUAAAGGUUUAUUUCGCAUUUUUUGCCGAUCCGCACACAUUGGAAUUUCGCUAACUCCUCCAAAGGUUUUCGUUCCACCGGCACCACAUUUGCUCAGGCCAAUCUACACCCCAUGGCCAAUAAAAGUUGUACAAAUCAUGACGCUGCACCCCACGGUUUACGUUCUAGGGGGCGCCAAAGAUAACCCAAAAAUCCACAGUCUUAAAAGUCUUAUAACUUUUUAUUUUUGUCCUCACUGGCCUCCAAGUUCUCUAGGAUGAUGCAAUGUCCAGCCAUCAACACAUUUGUGAAGGAAUUUUUACUCGCCAAAAGAGCGCCCCCCCAUGGCAGGAGAAAAAUGUCCAUUUUUUCUUGUCUCCUAAGGCGAAAAUACACAUUGUUGACUGUCACGCCUUUACGCUUUGUCAAAAUGACACAAAAUUUGACACACACAUGUAUCUCAAUAAGAUCUACGAAAAAGUCAAUGCGAGCGUAUCUGUUCAAUGUACGGUUAAAGGGCUAUUUCGCAUUUUUUGCCGAUUCGCACACAUUGGAAUGUGGCUAACUCCUCCUAAAGCUUUUGUCCCAUCGGCUCCAAAUUUGCUCAGGUCAAUCUACACCCCAUGGCCAUUCAAAGUUGUACAAAUCAUGACGCUGCACCCCACAGUUUACGUUCUAGGGGGUGCCAAAGAGGACCCAAAUAUCCACAUUUUUAAAAGUCUUAUAACUUUUUAUUUUUGUCCUCACUGGCCCCCAAGUUUUCUAGGAUGAUGCAAUGUCCAGCCAUCAACACAUUUGUGAAGGAAUUUUUCUCCCCAAAAGAGCGCCCCCCCAUGGCAGGAGAAAAAGUCAAGUUUUUCCUGCCCAUCGCUCAAUGGCUCAAAAGCAUCGCUCUCUCGGCAAAACCGAAAGGAGGAGCAACUUGCCAUUUGGAUAUAUACUAGCUGUGUUUGUGCCCUCACUCAUGGUCCAGACUUUUUUCAAAAAGGACAUGGAGUUUGUCUGCAGCGAGCGUUUUGGUAGAAACUGCACCUCCCAUUCAUUAUAAUGGUAAAUGACCACAGACAAGUGCGCACACCAUCUUUGGACCUUGAGUGUGACGCGAUCAAGAGGGGUAGGCGGUCGCGCUGGGGGCGGCGCGACACGGCUCGGGCCCGCCAGUGCCCCAACGGGGCCCUAGUUCUUCUUUUUCCUCCCCUUUGAACUGGAAAAUGGCCCACUUCCCACUGGCGAAAACUCAUGAAAUUUGGCAGGACGACCGGGCCUGGUGAAAAAUUCGAUAUUCUGAAGUCGCCCAAACAAUAAAAUGCAAAAUGGCUCCAUAGCGCCCCCUAAGGUGGAAAUUCACACUAUUGACUGUCACGCCUGUACGCUUUGUCAUAUUGACACAAAAAUUGACACACAUAUGUAUCUCAAUAAGAUCUACAAAAAAGUCAGUGCGGACGUAUCUGUCAAAUGUACGGUUAAAGGGUUAUUUCGCAUUUUUUUCCGAUCCGCACACAUUGGAAUUUCGCUAACUCCUCCGAAGGCUUUCAUUCCACCAGCACCACAUUUGCUCAGGCCAAUCUACACCCCGUGGCCAUUAAAAGUUAUCAAAAUCAUGACGCUUCACCCCAAGGUUUAGGUUCUAGGGGGCGCCAAAGAUAACACUAAAAUCCACAUAUUUAAAAGUCUUAUAACUUUUUAUUUUUGUCCUCACUGGCCUCCAAGUUUUCUAGGAUGAUGCAAUGUCCAGCCAUCAACACAUUUGUGAAGGAAUUUUUACUCCCCAAAAGAGCGCCCCCCCAUGGCAGGAGAAAAAAGUCCAUUUUUUCUUGUCCCCUAAGGUGAAAAUACACAUUGUUGAGUGUCACGCCUAUACGCUUUGUCAAAAUGACACAAAAAUUGACACACACAUGUAACUCAAUAAGAUCUACGAAAAAGUCAAUGCGCGCGUAUCUGUCAAAUGUACGGUUAAAGGGUUAUUCCGCAUUUUUUGCCGAUCCGCACACAUUGGAAUGUGGCUAACUCCUCCUAAGGCUUUCGUUCCACUAGCACCACAUUUGCUCAGGCCAAUCUACACCCCAUGGCCAUUAAAAGUUAUUCAAAUCAUGACGCUGCACCCCACGGUUUAGGUUCUAGGGGGCGCCAAAGAUAACCCUAAAAUCCACAUAUUUAUAAAGUCUUAUAACUUUUUAUUUUUGUCCUCACUGGCCUCCAAGUUUUCUAGGAUGAUGCAAUGUCCAGCCAUCAACACAUUUGUGAAGGAAUUUUUACUCCCCAAAAGAGCGCCCCCCCAUGGCAGGAGAAAAAAGUCCAUUUUUUCUUGUCCCAUAAGGUGAAAAUACACAUUGUUGACUGUCAUACCUGUACGCUUUGUCAUAUUGACACAAAAUUUGACACACACAUGUAUCUCAAUAAGAUCUACGAAAAAGUCAAUGCGCGCGUAUCUGUAAAAUGUACGGUUAAAGGGCUAUUUUGCAUUUUUUGCCGAUUAGCACACAUUGGAAUGUGGCUAACUCCUCCUAAGGCUUUCGUCCCACUGACACCAAAUUUGCUCAGGCCAAUCUACACCCCAUGGCCAUUCAAAGUUGUAAAAAUCAUGACGCUGCACCCCACGGUUUACGUUCUAGGGGGCGCCAAAGAUGACCCAAAUAUCCACAUUCUUAAAAGAAUCCACAUCCCCCCCCCCCCCCAUCCCCCAUCCCCCAUGGCAGGAGAAACAGUCAAGUUUUUCCUGCCCAUCGCUCAAUCGCAUCGCUCUCCCGGCAACACCGUAACGAGGAGCAACUUGCCGUUUGGAUAUAUCCUAUCUGUGUUUGUGCCCUCACUCAUGGUCCAGACUUUUUUCAAAUAGGACAUGUAGUUUGUCUGCAGCGAGUGUUUUGGUAGAAACUGCGCCUCCCAUUCAUUUUAAUGGGAAAUGACCACAGACAAGUGCGCACACCAUCUUUGGACCUUGAGUGUGACGCGAUCGGGAGGGGGAGGCGGUCGCGCUGGGGGUGGCGCAACGCGGCUCGGGCCCGACAGUGCCCCACCGGGGCCCUAGUUUUUUUUUUUUCUGUAACUGACAACAGAAGGAGCUUUCUCCAAACAAUUGAGCCAAAAAAACUUUGAGGUAGCAGCAGUUUAUUGGUGUCAGCCUGUAACAGCAGGAACGUCAUCAUUUGAGAUUUAGUCUGAAAGACCAGGAGGGAUGUUGCAAAAGAUGAAACCAUUUUUUUCCUCUUAUCUUGCAAUUUAACCGGCAGCACUUUCUAACACAACGUCCAUCCUUUAUUAAAUCAUUUAUCUUUUACUAACACGUCAUGAAUCAGCUAAAAACCGUAAUCUGAUCCACGUCCAGGUUUCCAGGUUGUGAAACAUCUUCAAUAGGUCACUCAAAACCAACUAGCACUCACCAAUGAGUCAAUAGGAAUGUGAUUAAUCAAGCUAAAUGUACAUUUUUCUUAUAAAUUUGUCAUUUAAUUGUUAUUAUUGAUAUGAAUGUUAAUCAUACACACAUUUCUCAUUUGUGUAAUAACUGAAAAACCAAAGUAAUUAAUCUGAAAUUUAAGAUGUAAGAGACGAAAGUUUGUACAACUAAGUGUAAAUGCCAGUAAGCUUGUAGAUAAAUGGAUUCUGAUCCAGAUUUUUAAUUUCUCAGACCAUAAAAACCUGAAGUAAAGAGUUUCAGUGCCUCUUUGAAAUGAGAAUACUGCAGCACAGAGAUGUUCGCAACCUGGCUACCCUUUAUUUGUUCUUGUUUUAGGUUGAUCUACUUGUGUAACGUAGUAAUAAUGGAGUAGAGUAAAGCCAGAAACUUUGACAGAUGACUUUUGUUUCUAUGAUAUGUGAAAAUUUCCACGUGUGCACCUCAGAAUCAACUUUUUUUUUUAUCGUUUUAUAAAUUUACAGAUCAUGAUCUACAGGUAUUUGAAACAGAUGCACAAAUCUGCAAAAAUAGGACAACACUGCAGGAGAAACUUUCUGAAUAAAAACACUGCUUUAAGACAGUAAUCUCUCUUUAUUAUUAAAACAAAAACACGCUUUAAGU